AUGACUCUUCCAAUCUAUUCAGUUCAAAUAAGGUAUUUCCUAAAUAAGAGAAAUUUCAAUCUUUUGCCCUUUUAGUUGCCUGAAUUUUCAGGCCUCUUCAAAUUUCUUAAUUAAUUUGAUAAUGAUAUCAGAUUUUCCAUAAGUAGAAGUUUUACUGCUAAAUCAAAAUUGAACAAGGCCUCUUCAAAUUUAUUAAUUUCUAUUAUAAUGGCAUCACACUUCACAUAUGCAAAUUAUUAUAAUUUAUNCUCUCCUGAUGGUACUACAUUAGCAUCUGGUAGUGAUGAUAAGUCUAUAUGUUUAUGGGAUGUUAAGACAGGAUAAUGUAGAGUAAAAUUAGAUGGGCAUUCAUCAUCUGUUUAUUCAGUUAUUUUCUCACCUGAUGGUACUACAAUAGCUUCUGGUAGUUCAGAUAAGUCUAUCCGUUUAUGGUAUGUUUAAACAACAAUAGAGAUUAUACCUCGAGAUAAUUGUUACAAAGACCUUCUUUCUUAGUUUAAAUUUCCACUUUAUCAUCAAUUCUGUUUAUAUAAUUGUAAUUAUAUGUAUUACUCUUUAGGUACAAUAGAUCACACAAUACUAAGAAUAUGUAAAAAUCCUAUUUUGGAAAUAGAAGGAGCGUUAAUUUUGAAAGGAGAAUUUAUUGAUUAUUAAGGAUAUGAUUUGCGAUAAUUAUUUAAAUCUAAAGGAAGUUUUAUUUUAGAGAAUGAACUUAAAUAGAAACAAAGUUGA